GAAGUAAUAAUAGACUGAUUUCCUGACAAAUGCAUAAAGGACCCGAGCGCUGAGAUGGACACUUGGCUGCCUAGAAACCUUUCCGGCGAAUAUUUGUGUUUGUCGAGCCGUCUGUGUGCCCUACAGGGGGGCAGCGUGGUGAUGAAAAAAGCAGUCUGCGCAUGAUUGGAAGCCGUGUUAGUGUUUGAUCUGGGUAGGGUUCCACUUUGGCUCUCCCGAGCAGGAGUUCAGUCUUCUGCUAAGCCGCGGCUUGCUUCGCUUUCUUCUCCCCGUCGACCCGCCACGCCUGCCUUCUCUAGAGGGACUGGGCUGCCCUGGAUCUUCUAAGACGCCCCGUGAGGAGCAAAACUGCGCAGGGCCCCAGCUCCAGCUAGCAAAAAACCGCCCGUGCGGUCGAAGAGACGGCCCGAGGAGACGGUGGCGGAUAGCUCCUCGCGGGCAGCCUAAGAACCAUCAACUCAAGAGAGCCUCGCCACAGGCGCGCCCGUCCGCCCCUUCUCCUUCUCCGGGGCAGGGCGGGGACUCGGAGUCCUGCUGGCCAGGCACAGUCUGCCCGGCUGCGCGAGGGCUCCAGUUCCCCCAUGGCACCGCUACUGUUGACCUUGGCUGCCGCCGCCCUGGCCUGGCCCUACCGCGCCGCCCCGUCGGAGAGCCGCUUCUCCGAGGCGCGAGUGGCGCGCUGGGCGGCGGCGGCGCUCAGACACGUGGCGGCGACUCAGUGCCCUGAACGCGGCGGGCUCUUGCCGCGGCCUCAGUGUCAGCGCUUGGUGCGGCUCUCGCAAGGGCCGGGCCCUGCCGUGUACAUCUCCCAGCCUGCCCGGCCGGGCCAGAAAGUGCGGGCGCUCCUGCCCGACGGCUGGGGAGACAAGCCUAGCGCGCCGCUGGUCUCCAGCCGGAACCAGAGCGGCAGCCCACAGCGAGGAGCCCUCGCACCUGCCGGGCAAGACGCCGUCCUGGUUCUGGACCCCAGCCCGGGCACCAACUUCGGCCACCCGCUCUUGCUCUUCUACGUCGACUUCAACGUCAGUCCGCGUCGGUGCCGCAGCCGCAACCACCUCUACCUGGGGAGCUAUGAAUGCCUGACUCCUGUACAGAGAAAUCACUGUGAGAACCAGCUGAAGCGCAGACCAGGACGUGGCAAGGGGCGGAGCCAGCGCUCAACAGGACACAUUCGCCACGAGGAGCCACCAAUAGGGUUCUGUGAGAUACAUUUUCUGCCCCUGAUAGUGGUCGCGCAGGAUCUGAAGCACCUGCAAAAAUUGCACUGCAUAGAUCUCCAUGGGUACAGUCCAUGCCCACAGCCGCUGCCUCUUGUCAGUUCCAGUUCCACAGCUGCCUACUGCGAGCUCAACAAGAAUACACGGCGGUGUCAUCGCCAGCAGGCUCCGAUGUACAAAUUGUGCCGCAUGUAUCAGACAUGUGAUCAUGCAGUACUGAUUGCAGGUGGCUGGCAGGAGCAGGUCACCUAUCCCCACCAUGCCCAGAACCUGUUGCUUUUCUACCAGAUGCUUCGACGAAAUGGUUUCCGCCAAGAGCAUAUCAAGGCUUUCUUUGCCAAUGAGGGACAGGCUUCAGUGGAGAUGGGAAAUGUGCAACCAGCCACAGAGAAGUUGGUAAUCCGGUCCCACUUGGCACUUAUCUGCCGUAGCUUGCACUGUGCUGACACUCUGGUACUCUACCUCAACAGUCCAGCUUCCAGUGAUGGCACCAUGUUCUUGUGGGAUGCUAACCAUAAUGGCAUUGCUGAUCCUAAGGAGCGGUACGCCAUCUCAGAGCUCUUAACUGACUUGGAAAGCUGCAAUGCCCACCGGGUCCUGCUCUUUCUUGACCAGAGCUAUCCAGGGCCAUUGGUAAAGAAGCUUCAGGCAUCGCAGCGCCAUCCCAAUGUAGUGUUGGUACAUAGCACCACUGCCCUCCGAAGUGGCUCAGCUCUUGCUGAAUUCUGGGCAGGACUGCAACCUGACCAGUGUCUACUUCAGCAUACUUUGCCGGUGGGUUCGUGGUCUGCAGUCUUCGCCUCUGGUACUCCAGUCCAAUUGCUCAACGUCACAUUAGCAGGAGCCCCUUGCCAUUCUGUGCCACCCUUAGGAGAGGAAGAACGCCAGCGUCGCUACCAGGGCUGCCAAAAUCUUCCCACCAUGUUGUGGUAUCAGAGUAGGCACCAACAGGAACUACAGCAGGAUGACUGAUUAUGGUCUGCACUGUCUUGGGGGUGUCUACAAGGCCCGGAGCCUUGUUCUGUAACCAGAGGCUCUUUCCUCCAAGGAGGUUUUUUUUUUUUUUGGCUUUGAGGGACCCAGAUGCAAUGAACACCAACAGUCAUCCAAUGGGUGGAUAUGAUACUGCUGCUGGAUGUUGCCAUAGUAGGGAGAAACUCUCCAAGUAAUUUGUCUACAGCGGACUCUACAAAGUAAUUCAAGUUUCCAAGGCAAAAAAGAGAAGCAUAUGUGCCAGUGUUGGUUCUUGUAUAUUGUUAAAACAUAAAGAGAGAUGAGAAAAUGUUAGAACACAGGUGGGGAGAUGAGACUGGAAGAUUCCAGCUAUAAGUCAGAAUAUAUUUGUGGGGCGGAGGGGUAGGAAACAGACCUCUAGGGUAACAAGUAAUGCUAGGGAGAGUAGGCCAUGCACAGUGGAGAAGAUACAAGUGCAAAGGAGUAAAACAUCUACCCCAAUGGAGAAAGUACAAGUGUAAAGGAGUAAAGCAUCUACCCUAAUGUACAAAAUGUACUGCUCUCUUGUGUAUAGGAAUCUCACCACCACCACAUCCAUAUAUCAAUUUCCCCCUCAUAUUUUUCUCCUAUAAUCCUCAGAGCAUCCUGGUGAGGCAGAAGCGGGUGAGAAGAACAAGUUUUGAAAAAAUCAAGCUCUUGAAUAAAAAAAACCCUCACUGUU